CUUGAAGCUWUUGAAUUCUAUUGAAUGUACUCUAAUUGCAUGGCGUCGAUUAAGGUAACAUAAAGCUCACAUUUAUGUCAUUAUCGUAUAAACUUUACAAAAUAUACUAAACAAAAACACAAUGGUGUACUAGUGGUGGUACUUGGCAUUAUGGGAUGGGUAACUGCACUUCCUGUUGUACAAGGACUUCCAAGAACUUUCGUAAAAAUGCAUUAGACGUGGAUUAGGAGAAGAAAAUAAAAAUGAAUUAUYUUGACUCGGAGAAGAUUGAUUUGGCGUUUAUUGUUGACUGUACGGGAUCAAUGGGAUCUUACAUCAACCAAGUCCAGAAACACGUCCAGUACAUAGCAGAAACUAUCGCUCGMACUUCCUUUGACGUUCGACUGGCUCUGAUUGAGUACAGGGACCAUCCACCCCCAGAUACAAGCUUUAUUACACGCAUUCAUGAUUUUACCAGUGACGUAAACAUGAUGAAAACAUGGGUUGAUCAAAUGGCGGCUAGUGGUGAACGCGAUAGGCCUGCAGCUGUAGCUGAUGCUCUUCAAYUAGGAACUACACUCARCUACAGAAAACAGUCWACAAAGAUGUGUGUUUUAAUUGCUGAUGCACCUCCCCAUGGACUAGAUGAGAAUGGUGAUGGAUUCCCCRAUGGUUGUCCCCAGCAUYAUGAUCCCCUAGAAGCCUGUCAUCUUAUGGCUCAAAAUGGUAUCGUCCUAUACUGCAUUGGCUGUGAACCCAGUGUUGAAGCAUUCAGAGAUUUCUUGAUUGGUCUUGCUCAUAUUACAGGAGGUCAAUAUGUCCCCCUCAGACAAGCCAAGACUUUGACUAAGGUUAUUAUUAGUGCUGCCCAGGAAGAAGUGUCAUUAGAGAAGCUGAUGGGCCAUGCAACAGAUUAUGUGCUUCUCACGUUGGUUGAUGUGAAAAAGAAAAAGAAAAAUAUGAAAGUGGAUGAUUUAGCAAAGGAACUUCUUUACAAGCUGAGAUCAACAGGAAACCAGAGCGACAUCCUGCAAAUGAAUGACAAACCUUUAGAACCUGUCACACCAGAUGGUAAGCGAUACAGUCACAUGAAAAGAAUGUGGGAAGCAAAGGAAUUCUAUAUGUCAAAUAAGAAUCCCAGGGGAAGAUACCAUGGAAACCAACAUAAUGAUGAUGGUAAUGUUGCUAUUGUUGAAAACAAGCAGAUUACAAUAGAUCAGGUUUUAAGGAUCAUAAGGAAAGUUUUAGCCAGAAACAAAACACCAGUUGAAAAUGAUGAAACAAUAACUUAUGACAAUGUCCCGGAAGAAAUAAACUAAUGAAAACAACUUAUCAACACUUUACCAUAAUAGUCAGUAAGGUAACAGGGGAACUUGUAUCAUAUUAACCUACAUGCAAAAUUAUUCCUGGGAAAAUUCAAGGUUAAUAUAAUAUGCAAUUGCCUGCAAUCAAUUUGAUACGUAUCAAUACUGCCUUAAAAGAGAUGUUGUAGAGGUCACAUAGUGAGGCCUAGCCCGGGACCUAAAAUUGCCUAAAAUCGCCCAAAAUCGCAGUAAAUCGCCUUAGAUUUAGAUGGGUUUUUGGUGAUUUUUGCUUAAAUCGACUAAAAUCGCUUAAAAUCCCCUACAAUCGCCUAC